AUGAGGCAGCCGCGGUGUGGCGUCCCGGACGUGGAGAACUUCAGCUUUUACCCCCACAGGCCUAAAUGGAAGAACAGCACCAUCACAUACAAGAUCGCCCGCUACACCCCUGACAUGAAGAGAGAGGAUGUGGAAAAGUCUUUCAGCGCGGCUCUGAAGAUGUGGAGUGACGCCACCCCACUGAGGUUCAUCAGAGUCCACCACGGAACUGCUGACAUCAUCUUCUCCUUUGCACACGGAGCACAUGGAGACUACUCCCCCUUCGAUGGACCGCGUGGUGUUCUGGCUCACGCCUUCCAGCCUGGAGAUGGGAUCGGAGGAGACGUCCACUUCGACGAGGACGAGACUUGGACCAAUGGAAAACAAGGCUACAGUCUGUUCGCCGUUGCUGCCCACGAACUCGGACACUCGCUUGGUCUGACCCACUCGCGUGACCCCUCUGCGAUCAUGUACCCCAGCUACCGUCUGAAAAGCAGCACGCAAUACUCUCUGGCUCAGGAUGAUCUGCUCGGAAUCCAGACGCUUUACGGAAAACCCAACAAGGCGGACGCAAGUCCCCAAAAGUGCGACCCACAGUUCACUUUCGACGCCGCAGCAAUGAUUGAAGAUCAGAUUGUUUUCUUCAAAAACAGGCAGCUGUGGAUGAGAACAACAUGGUCCAGUUACUGGAACCGGCUGACUGGAGGCCUCAGCAGGACAUAUUUACCAGGCAUCAACUCGGCUAUCGACGCCGCUUACGACAUCCCGGCCAAAGGUGUGGCCUACAUCUUCACAGGUCACAAGUACUGGGUGGUUCAGCGGCUCAAGACCAGAAGCCGCUCGGGCCUCAUCUCGGACUUCGGCUUUUCCUCCAGAUUACGGCAGGUUGACGCUGCUGUACACGUCAGCGAAUUUGGAAAAACCAUCUUCUUCGUUGGACAACUCUAUUACAGGUUCGAUGAGCAGAAGAGGAAGAUGGACCCCGGCUUCCCCAAACGUAUCCAAAAGGACUGGCCGGGGAUCCCGACAACUGUGGACGCUGCCUUCAAGUCGCAGGCACCGACGCUGGCGCCCACCGUUUCUCCAGAAGAGACGCUCAUCGCUGAGGACUAUUUGUCCAGCUUCUAUGCAGAUGUUGGGAUGAGAAACGUAACCCAGCGAAGCAUUCGACUCAACAACACCUUCGACCAGGAUCUAAGAAUGAUGCAGGCAUUCUUUGGCCUGGAGGUGACUGGUCAACUGAAUAAGGAGACGGUGGAGGUGAUGAAGGCGCCGAGGUGCGGCGUGUCGGACAUCAGUCGAUACGGACACUUUCCUGGGAAGCCCAGAUGGGAAAAGCGAUUGAUAACGUACAGAAUUACCAGAUACACGCCACGGCUGAGCCGGAGGGAGGUGGACACGACCAUCGCUCAAGCUUUCCAACUCUACAGCGACGUGAUUCCGCUCAACUUCAAGCAGAUCAGCAGCGGCACGGCCGACAUCAUGAUCCUCUUCAAGGGUGGAUACCAUGGAGACUUCUAUCCUUUUGAUGGAGCGGGAGGGGUUCUAGCUCAUGCCAACUCACCAGGACGGGACCAGGGAGGAGACACGCAUUUCGAUGAUGAUGAAAACUGGACUCUUUCCCGACAAGGUAUAAAUCUGCUGUUGGUGGCGGCGCAUGAGUUUGGCCAUGCUCUGGGCCUGGAUCACUCCAGAGACAAGCGGGCCCUGAUGUACCCCACGUAUCAGAAUGUCAACACCAAUGGAUACAAGCUUCCGGACGACGACAGGCGAGGAGUUCAGGCUCUCUACGGACAACGGAAUCCUGCACCCACUACAAAACCACAACCACAGCCGCCCCCGACUGAUGAGCCGGAGGACCCCACAGAAGUGCCAGACACCCGGCCAAACCCUGGAGCUGAACGGUGCAGCCGAGAUCUCGUGUUCGAUGCUGCCACGUCCAUCCGAGGAGACCUGUACUUCUUUAAAAAUGGAUACUACUGGAGGAAGAGCUCCCGCACCAGAGGAAUCGGUUUGACUAAAGUCAGCUCCAGGUGGUCACGCAUCAACUACGUGGAUGCUGCCGCUGAAGUCCCUCACAAGGACAAAGUAUAUCUUUUUGAAGGUAACCAGUAUUGGGUCAUUAAGGCGCAGAGAAAGAAUAUAUUACCCGGCUACCCGAAACCUCUCACCGGCAUCGGCCUGCCGUCCUCUGUCAAUAAGGUGGAUGCAGCCGUCUAUGUGUCAGCAACUGGGAAGACGUUAUUUUUUGUCAACAGGCAGUACUGGAGCUACGAUGAGGCAAGAAACCAGAUGGACUACGGCUACCCACGUUACAUCACUCAAGAUUUCCCCGGCAUUGGAUCCAAAGUUGAUGCUGCAUUUGAGAAUUAUGAAAAUGUGACAGCAGCUACUGUCCUCCUGUCUAUCAGUACAAUGGAGUCCCUCAACAGUUUCGAGUCUGAGAUGGAGGCGGACGGACAAGGCAGCUACUCGCUGUUUCCUGCUCUGGAUAGCAUCGGCGGCCUGUCGGGGAAUGCGGACACACUGGAGAGCGAACAGUCCAGUGAGAUGACUGAAAAGCCGACACUCACUUGGCUUGAUGCUGCUCAGAUUGUUUUGGAGGAAGCCGGCCAUCCAAUGCACAUCAAGGAGAUUAAACAGAGAAUCAUCGAUAGAGGACUGGUUCAAUCAAAUGCUAAAUCCAGUCUUGAAGCUGUCAUGUACCGAGAGACUGAUAAGGACCGGCAGGUCUUCACUGCUCAGUCAUUCCUGACUUCUGGGCAGCAGAACUCCGCCUCCAGCUCGGCGUCCGGCGCCUCCGUCGCUCCUUUCCCGUCCUCCUCCAGCUCAUCCGAGCACAAGAGCAAAGCCAAAAGAGGCCUGCGGAAAAACCAGAAUGAAAAGUAUCGGCUCAAGUAUCUGCGACUGCGCAGAGCCGCGCGGGACAUGAUCUUUGAGAACGCGUCUCUCUGCGAUGAGGUGGCCUACUUAGAGGAGAAGUUUCUGAGAGUGAAAGAAGAACGCAAGUUCCUCCUCAAGUCCUUGCUGCAGUACCAGUCUCUGUCAGAGGGAGACGUGUUACCAACACCAAGUUCCAGCUGCCUCCCAUCAGCGCCACCUGCCGCUUUAACAUCGGGCCCGGCCGGCGCUGCGUCCAUCGCUGGGACCCUUAACCUUCCGUCUGUGCUGCCAUCGGGCGACGAGGGAAUCCUGAAGAAGCCCAAGAAAGAAAGGAAAGAGCGCGGCAGGGAGAACGGGAAAGAGGAAGUUCAGAAGAAAAUAUCCAAGAAGAGAAAACUGGCAGAUGGUUCACGAAAACUGGUGCAGCCCAUUCCUCUGGACUCGUCCGGCCGCCCCGUGUUUCCCAUCGUGUUGGGAGGUUUAACAGUCUACAGCCUGGGCGAGAUCAUCACGGACAGAACGCUGUUCCACGACGAGUUUGCCAUCUACCCAGUUGGCUUCUGCAGCACGCGUGUGUUUGCCAGCAUGAAGAGUCCCGAGCAGCAGUGCCUCUACACCUGCCAGAUCAAAGACGGUGGCGCCGGACCGCAGUUUGAGAUCGUACCUGAGGACGACCCGCAGAACGCUAUCGUGGCCUCGGCGGCGCUCACCUGCCAUGCCAACCUCCUGAAGGCAAUUUCCUCAGUCAGUCCCAAGGCCGGAGCACCCAUCGUGCCGUCGGGAGCCGACUUCUUCGGUUUCUCCCAUCCCACCAUCCAGAACCUCAUCCAGAGCUGCCCCGGAGCCAGAAAGUGCAGCAACUACAGGUGGAUCCGUUUCGAGGUGUGUCGGCCCGGCGACGGUCAGGUGGCUCACAGCCUGUCGGAGGACGAUGCCUCAGUAAACUUCGAGGCCUACCUGAGGCACCGCUACUUUGAUGAGAAGACAGAACCUGCCGCUGCUUCCUUAAACGUCUCGUGUCACCUGAGUUCUUGACAGCACUCACUCACUGUCUCAAAUGCUGAAUAAAUAAAAAAAAACAACUUUUACCCGAAGAGUCCAGUGCUGGAUGGAUGGCAGUCAAACCACUGCUCUUGGAGGUCGCAGUGAAAACCAACCAGACUACAGUAUCUCUGCCCUCAGACAAGGGAACGCUUCCACGUGAAGGCUUGAGCUGGACCUCACUUUUCUCAAAACAUUAUUCACAUAUUUCAAAAGGCCACAGAAAGGAACUUGUCAAACAACCUUCUCGUUCUUGUUUUCAUCCAGCGCUCACCACAUCAGGGUGGGUCUGUGCUGCAGGCCAUGAACGUUAAUGGUCCCGAAAUUAUAUAUCAUGUUAGCUUAUUAUAUUAACAGAUACACAGUAUUGAUCUGAGAAUAUUGUGCUUCAGUUUACCGAGCUGUUCUUUAAGACGCUGUACUGGGCUGCAGCACUAGCGACUGGGCACUUUUCUCCACUGAACAGAAACUAGUCAUGAAAAGCGUCAGUGACCAGCGACCAAGUCGA